AGAGAGAGAGAAAGAGAAUGAGAAAAAGGAGGGACAGUGAGCAGCACAGAGAGCCAGUCUUGUUUUCAGCUCCCAGUUCACUGUAGCUCUUCUGCCAGACAGGACUCACCCAUCCACCAGCACACACUCUCAAACACACUCACUCUCACUUACACGACAGCUGACAACACCUUUCCAUUUUCUCAACGACACCACAGCCAGAUCUAAAAAGAGAGAGAAGAAAAAACAGACUCGGUUUUGUGCUGCACACACGCACACACAGACACGCCAGCUCAGAGGAGGCUGGGUCGAGGCUGGAGACGGUGACUGGAGAAUGGAAUGGAACCUCAGAAGGAUGGAAAGUGAACUGAGGCACAUCAACCCAGACCUGCUGCAGCCCAGCAAGAGCUUUAAGAAGCCCUCCUCAGGCACUAUCACCCUUAACGUUGGGGGGUUUCUGUACACUGCGCACCGGACCACCCUUGCUAAGCACCAGGGGUCCUUUCUAGAAGAGUUGGCCAACGGUAAGAAGCCAGUUCAGCACACCGACUCCAUGGGCAACCCGUUCAUUGAUAGAGAUGGUCCGGUUUUUCGCCAUGUGCUCAACUACCUGCGAACCGGAGAGCUCCAGCUACCUGAUGACUUCCGGGAGGCGGGGCUCCUGCGACGGGAGGCCAACUUUUAUCAUCUGAGCGAACUGGCGGAGGCCGUGGUCGACUGGGAGAGUCAGAGGGCAGCCCAGAGGGAAGCCGCCUUUUUGGAAGUGACAGAUAGCCACGAGAGGUCGCAGGGCCUCAAGGUGUACUGCAGCGAUCCCGCCUUCAUCGAGAAGGUCAAAGCGCGACUGGUGCAGAUCUCCAAGAGCCGCCUGGACGGCUUUCCAGAAGAAUUUGUGGUGUCAUCCAACGUGAUCCAGUUCCGGCACUUCAUCAAGUCGGAGCCCGGCUCGCGGCUCGUUCUGAAGGAGGACAGCACAUUCUUGUGCACGCUUGACUGUCUGAAGCUAGAAACAGUGAUGCUCGCGCUGAGAUCAGGCUUCAAGCUGGUCACCAGCCUCGACAGCAGCAAAGGCUCCGUGGUGGCGGCUGAGGCCCUGCACUUUGUCAAAUAGGAUGAGGGCAAACAGAGAAAGGAGGAGAAGGGGAGGCAGAGACAGAGAAGAGUAAUGCCCCGAUUCCAUAUUCACCCUGCUAAUGUAAGGUAUUGGUUUGAAGAUCUUGUAACAUGUAAUGUGUCGUGGGUGGGAGGAGAGGUGCUUUGGGCUGCACAGGAUUUGAUGUUUAGGGUGAUCGUUAUCAGCAGAAUGGCAUGUUGGCAUCAACCUUUGCACUGCUUUGUAAGUUAGUAUCUAUAGAAUUCAGAGUGAUCCAGAUCUACUUAGCAUUUCUGAUAUCUAAAUUGGAUGUGAUGAGAUAUCGCACAAAAGAACCACUCUGUAAUACGGAUGACAGGCCAGACAGCAAAUCCUUUCAUAGAGAGGACGAAGGGAUCAAACUGAGACUCUGAACAUUAACAGCUUUAUCAGUGCAUUUGUCUCUGCACAAGAAUUGCUUCUGCUGCUUUGUCAACGGCUGCAAAAUCCUUCAAAACCAGCUGUGACGUGCCAUUCAGCUUUUACUACAGUCUGUGCGUGUGUGUGGGUGCGUGUGUAUGUGUGUGUGCGUGUGUGUGUUGCUAUACACUGUGUGUGCUGUGUUUAGUUGGUUUAAUAGCUUGUGUUUAGUUUAUUAGCCUCUCUGGAUCCUGAAAACCACAGCACACUGAGGUUGUUCUGGACGGACUCACACACUUCACAUCCAAAACAAGACAACAUUAAACCCGUUUCUCACAUCAUACCAAUAAGUUGAGUUUAAGUGCAAAGAACCGUGAUUAUUGUAAGGGCUUUGAAUCUAGCAUGAUGCAUGUGCACUUAAUAAACUGUGUGUUUGUUAGUGCUGUGAGCCUCUGUGAAGCCGGUGCCACUACAAUGCCUAUUACUUUUCAAUGUGAACAUUUUACAAAUAAAAGUGACACUGAAACUAUCA